CCUGGAAACAAAACACUUCAGACCAUAAACCCCAGAACCAGCAAAGAAAAACACUGCCAGAUGCGCGACUACAGCUCAGGCAUUUCCGGAUCCCUGCGCCCCGCCUCCAGACAAGCCACGCCCCAGCUCCACCCCCCCCCCAUGCCCCUCCGCACACACCCGAGGGGUGCUGCAGUGCGCAGUCGCAGUCGCCAGGGGUUGCCCGGGCAACCGCUGAGUAGCUCUCCAGAGAUCUCGGAGGUGACUGCGGCUGGAGCAGCGGCGUCCGCUGCCGCCAGUAUUUUGUAUUAUGACUUUGCCAGAGAAGACAGAAGAGCUUCCUUUUGUAGAUAUAUUUAAUGAAGAUGAAGCUGAAAAGAACUUUUUGAUGUCCAAACCUGUCUGCUUUAUUGUAUUUGGAAAGCCAGGGUCUGGGAAAACAACAUUAGCCCGUCAGAUAGCACAAGCAUGGAGAUGUAUUUGUAUUGAAGCUUUACCAAUUUUGGAAGAACAGAUUGCUGCUGAAACUGAAACAGGAGUUAUGUUGCAAAAGAUGCUCAUCAGUGGUCAAAGCAUUCCUGAUGAACUUGUCACAAAGAUAAUGUUGGAGAAACUCGGCUCCCUAGAAGUCUCUCACUUUGGUUAUAUUAUCACUGAACUGCCACCACUUUCACAGGAUUCCUUGACUCCUUUAGAGCAAAUGGAUUUUAUGAAAAACUUACAUUUGACACCUGAUAUUAUAAUCAACAUUAAGUGCCCUGACUUUGAUUUAUGCCAAAGAAUUUCUGGGCAAAGACAGCACAGCAGUACAGGUUACAUAUACUCAAGAGAUCAGUGGGAUCCUGAAGUCAUUGAGAAUCAUAGGAAAAAGAAGAAAGAAGCCCUGAAAGAGGGAAAAGGAGAAGAGGAAGGGGAAGAAGAAGAGCAAGAAGAAGAAGAGGCAUUUAUUGCAGAAAUGCAGUUGGUGGCUGAAAUUCUUCAACAUCUUGUUCAGAGGCCUGAGGAUUAUUUGGAAAACAUUGAAAACAUCAUUCAGCUUUAUAAGGAAACAAUUCUUCAUUCUUUAGAAGAAAUAAUGGCUGAACACAAUUCCCAGUAUCUCAUUGAGCUAGAUGGAAAUAAGCCACCAGAGGAGCUCUUUACGACAGUUAUGGAUCGGCUUAAGUAUCUGGGCCUAAAAAGAGCAGCUGUUUUGACUAGACUUCAGAGUGCAGAGGAAGAAAUUAGUGACCUAAUGGAAAAUGAUGAGUUAUUUCGUACACUUGCAGCUUAUAAAUUAAUUGCACCAAGAUAUAGAUGGCAUAGAAGCAGAUGGGGACGUACAUGUCCCUUGUCUUUAAAAGAAGGUAACUUUAAUUCAGGAUCACCAGAUUUUUCUGUGAGUUUUCUAGGUAAAAUGUACUGUCUUUCAUCAGAAGAAGCAUUAAAAGCAUUUUCAUUGAGCCCACGUCCCUAUCUUCUUCCACCUAUGCCAAUGCCACCAUUGAAAGUAUUCAUAUUUGGACCUCAGUAUUCAGGAAAAACAACACUUAGCAAUUUGCUUGCAGAACAUUAUAAAGGAAAGGUAGUUGACUAUGCCAAACUUGUUCAACCACGUUUUGAUAAAGCCCUUGAAACAUUAAUUGGAAAUACUAUAACUGAAGCAACCGAAGCAGCUAUUAACACUGUGAGAGAAAGGCUUCUCGCAGAACAACAAGCUAAAAGACAAGUCGAAUCAGCUUUAAGAGAAUUUCAAAAAGACAAGUUUAAAGAGCGCCCAAUUGAAGUACAUAAAACCUCAGACGAGUUAGAGUCUUCAGUUGAUGAGAAUGUGAACAUUCAAGAAUUCCAAAAAGAUAUCCUUUUAGAAGAUCCUGAAGAACCCAAAAUGAUGUCAGAAGAAGUCUCAGGGGAUAAAGCUUCUAAAAGUGAUGAAAAUGAACUCCCUGAAAGUGUUUCCAAACCUAGAAUGUCUCAAGACUCUAGUCAAGUUCUUCAGGUGGAUUACCCAAAAGUAGAAGACUAUUCUGAAACAGAGGUAACUGCAUAUCAUCCAGAUGUUGUAUCCAUGAUUGAGGCAACUGUAAAAAUGGCAAAGGAGAUAAACUUUGAACAGCCAUAUGAAAAACAUGCUGAAAUUCUAGAGGAAGUCCUCAGAGAGAUAAUGGAAGAAAACCAGAAUAGGUUUCCUGGUGCCCCAAAGUAUGGAGGAUGGAUUGUGGACAACUGCCCUAUUGCAAGAGAACUAUGGCCAUUCUUAAUUGAGAGGGGACUUCUACCUGAUUUAGUAAUUUGUUUGUCAGAUACAGAAGACAAUGGGAAAUGUUUACUUAAUAGGUUAUAUUUAAAGAAUAAACCUGAAGUUGACUCUAAGAUUUUAGAACGAUUAUUAGAGGAACUACAAAAGAAAAAAAUAGAGGAAGAAGCAGCAAGAAAAGCCACAGAAGAGGCACUGAGAAUAGAAGAAGAACAUCAAAGGAUAUUGGAAGCUAUGAGUGGGAAACCAAAAGAAGCUGAAGAGACUGAAGCUGAGGCUGAAGAGGAGCUCGAAGGUGAGGAGACUGAAGUUCCCGAAGGGUCUGAGCUGCCCGAGGUAUCUGAGGAGACCAGAGGGUCGUUAUUACCUGAAGAGUCUGAAGUGUCUGAGGUCCCUGAAACAGAGCCUGAAUCAGCAGCUGAGCCUACUGAGGAGACUACAGUUGACACAGAUGUUCCAAAAGGAUCCAAAGAAGGCCUGGAAACCAAAUUAUCUGAAACAGUUACACUACCUGAGUUUCCAGAGGAUGCUUAUCCUGAUGUUCCUGAAAUGGAGCCAUUUAAAGAGAGCAUUCAGUUUUUCAGCUUCGCCUGGAAACAGAUGGAAUUAGCAAUCACUGACCUAAGUUUUGUUCAAAUUUUAAACUUGGAGAUUGCUGACAGAACUCCAGAGGAACUACUUCGAAAAGUAGUUGAAACUAUGGAAAAACCUUUUAAAUACAGUGGAUGGGAAUUAAGUCUAGAAGAUUAUGAUGAAGAAACAGAGGACUAUCAGGCUGAAGCAGACGAUGACGAGGUAGAAGAAGAAGAAGAGGAAGAAGAAGAGAAUGAAGAGAAAAUUAAAGAGAAAAGGAGGCAUUUGGGAGAUACAAAGCACUUUUGUCCAGUGGUUCUCAAAGAAAACUUCAUCCUACAACCAGGCAACACAGAAGAAGCAGUUAAAUAUCGAGAAAAGGUUUACUACUUUUCAACUCCUGAGGCAAAGGAAAAGUUUUUGGAGCAUCCUGAGGACUAUGUGGCUCAUGAUGAACCAAUAAAGGCUCCUCCAUUAAGAAUAUGCCUUCUGGGUCCCCAUGGUUCUGGAAAAACUGUGUGUGGAAGGCAUUUGGCAGAAAAUUUGGGCAUUUUUCACAUUCAGUUUGAAGAAUUUCUUCAAGAAAAAUUAAUGCUCAAAAUUGAAAACAAAAUUGGACCUGAAUUCGAUGAUGAUUCUGAAGAAGAACAGUCUGCAAAACAAGAACUUGAAGAGCUUGCAAUUCAGGCUAAUGUUAAGAUUGAGGAAGAAAAGACAAAGAAGCAGCAUCCAGAAGUACAACUUACAGAAGAAGAAGAAACAAUCAAAUCAAAUCUCACAAACAAUGAGCCUUUGCCUCCAGAAAUUCUUGAAGUAAUUCUUUCUGAGUGGUGGCUUAAGGAACCAAUAUGUUCCACAGGUUUUAUACUGGAUGGUUUUCCACGAUAUCCUGAGGAGACCCAGUUUCUUUGUGAGCAUGGGUUUUGCCCAGAUGCUGCUGUUUUUUUACAAGUUGAAGAUCAAGAUAUUUCUGAUCGCCUUCUUCCUUCUCAAAUUGAAAAGUGGAAACUAAAACAAAAGAAGAAAUUAGAAAGGAAAAAACUCAUCAAAGACUUGAAAACAAAAAUAAAGGAUGAAAUGAUUGCUAAAAGAAGGACUGAACUUAUAGCAGAGAGAGAGAGAAAAAAGAAAGGAGAGGCUGGUGGUAGAGAAGAUGAAGAAAUUAGUGAGGAGGAUCUUGAAGAAGAUGAAGAUGAUAACAUCGACACCAUCCUUGAAGAAGAGUUUCCCAAAGAUGAGGAAGAGAUGAGUGAGGAAGAUGAACAGGAAAUCGAUGCCACUGAUCGCCUGAAAAGUGAGCUGGGAGAAAAAUUUGAAGCAGAUGUGAAUAACUUGCAAUCAAUACAGGAAGAAUUUGAGAAGUUUUUUAUACCAAUAAUUCUUAUUAAUGGAUCUCGGAAAAUCCACAUUGUACAAUAUAUGUUGAACAUGAAAGUGAAACCACUGGUGGAAAAUCGUGCAAGCAUUUUUGAGACAUGUUAUCCAGUACCGUCCCACCUUGCUCAGAAAAUGCUCAGCCUUACCUACAAGUAUCUAAGUGCUUUUGGCUAUUGGGACCCUGUAAAGCUGAGUGAAGGAGAAACAUUCAAGGCUGUUGAAAGCUCAGAGAUUCCAAGUUAUCCUGUAAUCCAUCGCCAGUAUAUUUAUUUUUUAUCUAGUAAGGAAACUAGAGAAAAAUUUAUGAAGAACCCAAUCAAAUAUAUCUGCCAGCCCAAACCUAAGCCUACUCUUCCAAUUAAGAUUGCAAUUACAGGGCCACCAAAAUCUGGGAAAACUACAGUUGCCCAAAAACUUGCAAGUGAAUAUGGCUUAAAGCGCUUAUCAGUAGGAGAUGCUUUGCGUUAUGUAUUAAACCACCAACCAGAAACAGAGCUGGCACUUAUGUUAAAUUGGCAUCUUCAUAAAGGAAUGACCGCACCUGAUGAACUGGCUAUUCAAGCCAUAGAAAUAGCUCUGAUGGAAAGUAAAUGCAAUAUUGCAGGGGUUGUCAUCGAUGGAUACCCCGUAACUAAAUAUCAAAUGAAUCUCUUGGAAGCCAGGACAAUCAUUCCCAUCAUCAUUAUUGAGUUGGAUGUGCCUUCCAAGGAGAUUUUCAAAAGAUUGCUUCUGGAAAGGAAAAAGGAACAGAGUCUCCCAUAUCCACUGCACAAUAGUGCACAUAUUAUAGCUGUCAAGAAUUCAAAGUACCGCAGAAAUAUUAGUGAGAUUAGGCAAUAUUAUCAAGAACAACAUCGGAACUGGUAUAUAAUUGAUGGAUUUCACAGCAAGUGGUGGGUAUGGAAUGAAGUCCUUAAGAACAUUAAAAUUGUGAAUAAAUGUAUCCAGACCUACCUGGAAAGAAUAAACGCAGGAAAAGCCGCCUGCAUUGACAAGUUGUGUAUCUCACCUCAAGAGCUGAAUUCUCGCCUUGGAGAAUUUGGACAGUUCUGCCCUGUCAGCCUGGCAGAAUCCUGUGAAUUGUUUGAUUGCUCUAUCACUAAGUCCUUGGAAUUUGCAGCCGAGUUCAGGGGACACUAUUAUAAAAUGGCUUCUCAGGAAAAACUGAAUAAAUUCUUGGAGAACCCAGAAUGGUAUGUGCCUCCAUUAGCACCGAAUCCACUCCCGCCUGCAGACAUGAUCCCCCAAACGCUGACACUGUCACAGUUGAAGAGUCGGUUCCCAAAGUCUGCGGAGCUUCAGGGAUAUUGCCCAGUGACCUAUCAGGAUGGAAAACAAAGAUAUGAAGCAUUGGUACCUGGUAACAUUGAGUAUGCUUUGGAAUAUCGUGGUCGUAUAUAUAUUUGUGAGAGUCAAGAAAAACUCCAGAAAUUUUUGAGGUCACCACUGAAAUACUGGGAUCAGAAGCUUCCACACAAACUUCCCCCAUUAAAGGAACCAAUAUUGCUAACUAGUCUUCCUUUGCCUGGAUACCUGGAACAGGGUACCGCAACUUCUUUAAUUAAAGCAAUGAAUGCAGCAGGAUGCUUAAAGCCCAAAUUCCCCUUCUUAAGUAUAAGGAGAUCUGCACUACUAUUUAUAGCAUUUCACCUAAAAGCAUUUAAUCCCAAAAGUUCCGAAUAUACAAGAAAAAAGUAUAAGAAGAAGAUGGAGUGGUUUGUGGAGCGAUGUGAACUCAUAACAUACCUGGGAGGCAAGAUGACCAGAAAAUACAAAGAACCUCAAUUUAGAGCCAUUGACUUUGAUCAUAAAUUACAGACCUUUCUCUCUCUCAGGAAUAUAGACCCAAUUAACGGAAAGUUUGCUUAGAUAACUGCAAUCUGAGACCUGAGAGUUAUCCCAAAGGGAUAGAGGGAAGUAGAUUGAAAACCUGGCCAUCUGUGACCCACUCCUCCCUCCUGAGUGGUGUACCAUGGCUUCCGGACUUCAAAUGGACUCACAGCUCUGUCAGCCAGGAAGGAGUGCUUUUCUGUAAGCAUAGGGUUUCAGAUAAUUUUAAGAUUUUUUGCUCUGUUGCCUGAACUUUCAUGCUUUAAUAAAAGAAUAGUCAUUCCAUUUAGAAUAUUUAAGUAAUGUACUUUAUUCAGUAUAUUUUAAAUUCAUUUUCCUUUUCAACAUUUUCAAUAGAAAAAUAAGUCUCUGUUAAUGAAAAUUACUCAUUAGAUGUUAGAAAGCUUCAAGAAACAAAUUAACAUUGAUAUAAAUAGAACAGAAAUAUUGGUUCCAUUUUUAACAUGAGGAAUUGUUUGUAAACUCUGUGAACAUAAGAUAUUUUAUU